CCUCCCCGAGAAAUCAGAUCGACCUUCUUAACAUGGCACCACCUUGCGUAAUAUACGUAAUGAAUACUUUAGGAAAUAAGGACACGUGUCCGUAGAACUGAGAGCAUCUUAUGAAGACGCGUGUUUUGGGGAGUGAUGGAAUCGACUUUGUUUCAACCGUAUUUGGAUAUUUUUCGGCAAGAGCUGCAAGCUCAGAACCCGGUGCUAUUGGGUGUUUUGUUUGCUUUAUUUGUAGUCGUUUUUACCAUAAUUAUAAUGAAAAUUGUAUGGAGUAAGAAAAUAACAAGACGAGCAGUUUUAUUAGUUGGACUCUGUGAAUCUGGAAAAACUCUUCUUUUUAUAAGGUUAAUAUCUGGUAAAUUUAAGCACACUCAGACAUCCAUCACGGAUAGCUCAGCAUCAUACAGAGUUACAGGUGACAAGAAUUCUACUUUGACUUUGAUUGACAUUCCUGGUCACGAGAGUCUUAGGCUGCAAUUUUUGGAGAAGUUUAAAUCUGCUGCCAGGGCUAUCAUUUUUGUUGUGGACAGUGCCAUAUUUCAAAAAGAAGUUAGAGAUGUAGCAGAGCUCUUAUACAUUGUAUUAACAGAUGAUAUCAUUGAAAAGAAUGGUAUUGCAUUGGCAGUUGCCUGCAACAAACAAGAUGUUGUCAUGUCUAAAUCAUCCAAACUUAUUCAGCAGCAACUAGAAAAGGAGCUCAACACAUUGAGAGUCACCCGUUCAGCUGCUCUUAGCUCCCUGGACGACUCAACAGGCACCGGAAGUAUGUACCUGGGGAAGAAGGGAAAGGAUUUUGAAUUUUCUCAGUUGCCUUUCAAGGUGGAUUUCAUUGAGUGUAGUGCCAGAGGAAGUAAAGAAGACAGUGAACCAGACAUUAGAGAGUUGGAAAAAUGGCUUCACAGUAUUGUGUAACAUAAAUACAACUCUUUUCUGAACCCCCCAAGUGUCAAAUUAAUAAUGUCAUUUUUUCAUGCCUUGUAUUUCAAUUUUUAUUACUGAUCUCUUUGUAAUUCUUUUGCAGUUUGUAUAUUUGUUGUUCCUUACACAGUAGAUCAAACCUCAAAUUAAUAAUGUCAUUUUUUCAUGCCUUGUAUUUCAAUUUUUAUUACUGAUCUCUUUGUAAUUCUUUUGCAGUUUGUAUAUUUGUUGUUCCUUACACAGUAGAUCAAACCUCACUUGUUUUUGCAACGGGCUAAAGACAUUUGUUAUAGGCAUAUUUUUCAGACAUAGUAAGAUGUGCUCUUUUAAUUUCUGUAAAUUUACCUUUCAGUUCUUGAUCAUUUCAUACUUCCAUAGUAUUGUGCCUAAUUUCCAAUGAAAUUAAAGUACAACUGAAACAUCUCAUUCAAUUUUAUAAGUUGUUUUUCAUACAGGUAUUCAGGGAAUUUUCAUUUACAAAUCCUACUGAAUUCACUGAAUAUUUUAGCAAUGGGUAAAAAGAUUGCAUUGGCCUUAUUUACAGUAAAACCACAUGCUGUUUAUUCCAGCAUGUUUCUAUAGUAGCACUUGACUACAGUUUUAGUGUGGCUGCACUGAAAUUGAGAUGGUUAUUGUGACAUGUGAAGUUCAGUCACAGAAAUACUAUACUACAUGUCACAUCAUUAUGUAGAUUUCCUAUUUUGCAUGUACUGAAUUCUUGAACUGACAGGCAAACUAAUUUCACUUUAAAUGCUCAUGUAAUGUUUUUUAUAAAAAAAUAUGCCUAUGAAGAAAUACCUUGUACUACAUAAUGAAUUUGUUUAAAACAUUUUUUUGCCUGUUUUGUUACAUAUAACAUACCAAAGGCAAUAUGUUGUUGUUUUUGUGCUCUGGACUGUGAGUAUGUUCCAACUACCCCUUCAUAAUCAAUAAAAGGUCAGUUCACUGCAGUUUCUUUGUUGA